AUGGCCUCCGACGAAGUUCCCACAAACCUCAAGGACGUCUCCUCCGUCCCGGAUGGCAUCGCCGGGGCCCGGUCCGGGCUUGAGAGCGCCGUCGCCGGACUUUCACUGGCCUCGCGCGCUGUUCACGCCGACAACGGUAUUCAGUCGCACCGGGCUGUUGCGCCGGCUAUGCAUGUCAGCACGACUUUCAGGUACAAUGAUGAUCCUGAUGCACUUAAGGCCUGGGAUAACACUGAUCCCAACAACCCCUUGGAUUCUCACGUGUACUCCCGAGCAACUGGUCCCAACACCACUCGUCUCGAAGCUAUCCUCACAUCCAUCAUUGGAGCUCCGACCAUCACCUACUCCUCUGGUUUAUCCGCUUUCCACGCCAUGUUGGUCCAUAUGAACCCCAAGCGCAUCGCCAUUGGAGAUGGCUACCACGGCUGUCACGGCGUCAUCAGCAUCCUCACCCGCCUGACAGGCCUCAAAGUACUGCCCCUGAACUGCGCCGUCGAGGACCUCGAGCCCGGAGAUGUCAUUCACGUUGAGACGCCCCUCAACCCAACUGGCGAAGCACGCGAUCUGGCAGCGUAUGCUGAAAAGGCCAGAAAGACAGGGGCUUACUUGACCGUCGAUGCGACAUUUGCACCACCUCCACUACAGGAUCCUUUCCAGUAUGAUGUUGAUGCCGUUAUGCACAGCGGCACGAAGUACUUUGGUGGCCACUCUGACAUGCUCUGCGGUACGUUGUCUGUCAACAGCAAGCACAAAGACUGGCCGGCCGCGCUUCUCAAUGAUCGUAUGCUCCUGGGUUCUGUCAUGGGCAGUUUUGAGGGCUGGUUGGGAAUCCGAUCGUUGCGUACUUUUGAGCUCCGCGUCCAGCGCCAAAGUUCUACAGCUACUGCACUUGUCUCCUGGUUGGUUGAACAACAAAAAGACUCGUCAUCGGCGAUUGGCGCUCUAGUCGAGCGUGUCGAGCAUGCUAGUCUGCAGCCUGAGGCGUCGGUAGAAGGGAGCUGGCUGCAGAAGCAGAUGCCCAAUGGCUACGGUCCCGUCUUCGCAGUCUAUCUCCGUAACGGAGAGCUUGCCAAGCGGCUACCGUCCAAGUUGGAUCUGUUCCAUCACGCUACCAGCUUGGGCGGUGUCGAGAGUCUGAUUGAAUGGCGAGCCAUGACAGAUCCCAAGAUUGACAGCAGACUUCUGCGAGUGAGUAUUGGUGUCGAGGGUCUUGAGGACCUCAAGCAAGAUUUGCUUCAGGGUCUAGAGGCUUUGAGGAAAGAAAACGUAGGUCAAUGA